GCUUUGAAAGCUUGUCCCCUGUGCCCAUGGACGCAAGAAAGAACCCCAAUCCGUCGACGCUCAGAGGUUCGUUCGCAUGCGGGGUAGCAGCACUUGAGCCCGAGUACAACACCAUCGUCGGCCCAUCUGACGACGAUCCGGCUGGGCGGAUACAUCUCACUUUCAACCCUCCAGGGACAGCCUCUUGCCGACGUAUUGUUGCUGUUUUACGUCCUCUGAGAGUCACAGCAUACUAGUCACCAGGGUACACCACCGGUAUCGGCAUCACACCACCCCAAGUUGCCCUUCGAUUACCAACAGUCAAACACCGUCAAACGCCGUCAUAACAUCUCCAACCCGCAGCCACUGACUGACUGACUGAUAUAAUAUAAGAUCUAUCUCCCUUGUUAACCCAACCCCCCCCCCCCCCAACAACAACCCAAAACAAACUCACAGCCCACGCAUCAAACCCACCAUGGCAUCCCCACCACCACCACCAGCAGUAGCCCCCGGCAAGAUCCGCCUGGCGACCUCGUCCCCCUCCACGCAGGCCACCACGGCCGCGACGCUGGCCCAGCUGCGGCAGAUCGCCACGCGCGCGGCCCGCGACCACGCCGCGGACAUGCUGCUGCUGCCCGAGGCGUACCUGGGCGGCUACCCGCGCGGGACCAGCUUCGGGUGCGUGGUCGGGUCGCGCAGCGCCGGGGGCAGGGACGAGUUCGUGCGGUACUUUGAGGGCGCCGUCGACCUGGGCGACACGGCGGGCGAGGGCGCCGGCGCGGGGGAGGACUGGGUCGCCCGGCGGCUCGGGGCCGUCAAUGACGGCGAGGGCGGGGGGCCGGCGCGGGGCGACGGCACGAGGGAGGAGCUCGAGGCUAUUGCUGCUGAGACGGGCGUGUUCCUCGUCACCGGUCUGAUCGAGAAGGCGGGCGGGUCGCUGUACUGCUCUGUUGUUUAUGUCUGCCCCAGGAAGGGCGUCAUCGGGAAGAGGAGGAAGGUCAUGCCUACGGCGUGCGAGCGCCUGAUAUGGGCCCAGGGCUCCCCCAGGACCCUCAAGGCGGUCAGCACCGUGAUCCGCGGCGUCAGGGUCAACAUGGCGGCCGCCAUCUGCUGGGAGAACUACAUGCCGCUGCUGCGGCAGUCGCUCUACGCCCAGAACGUCAACCUGUACCUCGCGCCGACCGCCGACGGCCGCGACGCGUGGGCCCCGCUCAUGCGCACCAUCGGCAUCGAGGGCCGCUGCUUCGUGCUGAGCUCCAACAUGUGCGUGCGCGAGGCACCGGCAGCACCGGCAGGAGGGUCCGCCAUCGCCAUCGCCGCCGACGGGGCGCCGUACGGGCGCGAGCGGCGCAGCUCGUGUGUCACCGAGGAGGGCUUCGAGAUCGCGCUCCCUGCGCACGGCGCCCCGGGCGGCGCCGGGAAGGGCCCCAAGGCCAGGCGGCCGAGCGUGUUCGACGAGGACGGGAACGAGAUCGUGCUGUGUGGUGCCGAGGGUGGCGGGGAGUCGGAGUCGGCCCCGGCUGCGACUAAUGGGGCCCGCGGCGGCGCUGAGGCCGUCAGGAAGACCGCCGGUGGUGGCAAGUUUGUCUCCCGGGGCGGGUCGUGUAUCACCGACCCAUUCGGAGAGGUCCUCGCCGGCCCGCAGUGGGAGGACGACACUGGCAUCAUCUAUGCGGAUGUUGAUCUCAAGGACUGCAUCAGGGGCAGGCUGGAUCUGGACGCGGGUGGGAGCUACUCGAGGAAUGACUCGUUCAGGUUCUCUGUCGAAGGGUUAAGCCUCGAGCCACUGCCGUACUAAUAAUAAAGGUACCUAAGGUUGAUACAAAAUUGAACAUCAUCUUCAGAGCGCAUCGGCCAGGUCGACGGCGUCCAGGCCCUUCACCCUCUCCCAGGUAGCAUACAACUCCGGGGGGAACCAGUCCGCCAGCCUGCCCGCGGGCCGGCCGGGCUCUGCGGGCAGGUCCUCGUCCUCGCUGCCCGCGAGCAUGACGCCGAGCGCGGCGCCGCAGAGCCAUGCCCAGACCAUGCCGUCGCCGCAGAAGUAGGCCGAGAUCCACUCGCCCGGCGGCACCUUGCCGUCGCCCCCCGGGCCCUGCCUGACCUUCCUCGACGUGAUCCUCGGGUCGAGCCGGCCCACGAGCGGCCGCAUGUCAGGGACGAUGCCUAUGGCGCCGGACCAGGCCCUGAUCACCCGUGCGCCCUGCCCCUGCCCUUUGGCGUCGUGGCCUGGGUCGAAGAUGGUAGGGAUGACACCCUCCAGGUGCAUGAGCGUCAGGGCGUCGAGCCUGGUGUCGUCGUAGGCGCCCAGCAUCUCCAUGCCCUGCUUGGGGCCCUGGAAGAAGCCGCCCCCGAUCAUCAGCUCCCCCGUCGGCCUCUGCGUCACGUAGUCGAACCCCUGCCCGAAGAUGACAGACCACGAACGGCCGCCGUCCUUGUCGGGGAAGUAGUCGGCCGCCCUCUGGGCCGUCAUAUGGCACAGGCCCGACGUCCCCUUGCCCCUCAGCCCCGGGACGAGCUGUGAGGUGUGGGCAUUCGUGGCGUGGACGACGUGGCGGGCGAGGAUCCUCCCCCUGCUGGUGACGACGGCGUAAGGAAACGAGCCAGCCUCCUCCUCCUCCAGCUUGGAGGCGGAGGGCGGGGCGCCCUGCUCGUCGGCCAGCACCUCCUCCACCGUGGUCCCGGUCUCGACGGCCAGCACCCCGGGGAACUCAUCCAGCAGCCUCCUCCACAGCGCCGUGACGAGCCGGUACGGGCUCAGCGCGCCGGCGGGGUACGACACGGCGCCGGCGACGCGCCCGUUGACGCCGAACCGCUCGCGCGCCUGCGCCGCCGUGUGGGAGGCCAUCUCGAACCCGGCGGGCGCGUGCGGCCUGAACUCGUCCACCUGCGCCUUGAUCCGGGCGUCCGUCUCGGCGUCGACCGCAAAGUCCACCGUCUCGACGCGCCUGCACUCGGCCAGGCCCUCGAUGCCCUCGGCGCGCGCGAGCCCGACCAGCACGUCGAGGUGGCCCAGCAUGAAGGCGCAGAGGCGGCCCGCGCGGUCGGGGGCGAGCCCGACCAGCACGUCGAGGUGGCCCAGCAUGAAGGCGCAGAGGCGGCCCGCGCGGUCGGGGGCGAGCCCCUGCUUGUGCACCAUGCCGUGGAAGGCCUCGUGCGCGCUGGCCUUGAUGUGCCCGCCGUUGCGGCCCGUGGCGCCCGAGCACAGCUCGCGGGCCUCGAGGACCACGACGCGCGUGUCCCUGUCCCUGUCCUUGCCCUUGCGCCGCAGCUCGUGGAGCACGGUGCGGGCGACGGCCACGCCGCUGAUGCCCGAGCCGAUGAUGACCAUGUCGGCCGUCGGCGGUGGGCCGCCCGGCGUCUGGAUGUUGACUAGCUCCGGGAAGGGCGGGCUGUCCUGCCACUGCGAGAGGGUCGGGUUGGCGGGUGGGAACCCCGGCGCCGCCUUCAUGCGGGCCACGACCUGGGACCAGUCAUUGGAGAGGUCGCGGAGGAUGGAGACUGCCGUCUUGAUGGACUUGAAGAGCGAGAAGAGCCGCUUGAUGAUGUCCAUCGUUGGUUGUGAACCCCCGAGCUGGUGGUGUGUUGCCGGCGGUUGGAUCAGGAGGAAGAUCAUCGGUGGCUGCGGCAGAACGAACGGGAGGGGCUUCCUGCAGGUGUGCUAGCAACCAACGCCCUUGCAGCCAGCCUAACCUUGAGGUGACACAAGUUCGUUGUACGAAACAGACUAGGACAUUGGGGCGGAACAACAAUUCUACCUGUCCCCUUCAUUACUUCCGGUAGGCAGUGUUGGUGAUUGGUGAGACUCUACAGAAUCGAUGGCCUGGUUCGUUUUGUAUAUGAAUCCAGCUUCGAU